GCAGCAGCAGUAGCAGAGCUGAAUCCCGAGUGUCCGGGGACCAUCUGCACUCUUCUGAAUUUCUAGCUGCUGGAACGAACGAUUCAGCUGUAGACUAUGCCGUGGGGAGAAUCGUCGUAAAUGUCUGGGCGGAUUUGAAAGCGCAGAGGGGUGAUGCAGAGCACAGAAGGUGUGCAUUCUGAGCUGUGUACGAUGAUGUUGUGAUGAGCCUGGGAACGAUGGCUGGAGUUUUGAGCUCAGUUCGCGGCAGUGACCUGGUCUGCAAUCUAGGGUCCUGUUUUACAGCUCCUUGUUCUGGGAGGAGUUGUUCGAGCAGUUUCGGUCGUGAGGGGUUCCCGCUCGAGGGGACGUGCAAUUUUGACUGCGUGAAUUUCAAUUCCGGUGCGCGAAGAAAGCCAGGCAGAUGCUUCGUUGCUGUGGAGGCGAGUAGUAGUAGUGGCAGUAGUGGCAGCAAUGUGAGCGGUGCAAGUAAUGGCAGGGCAGAGAAAACGAGUAUAGUGGUAGGCAGUAAAUCCGGUGCCAGGGAGAGGCGGCUGAAUAAAGCCCAAGAGGAGAAGAGGCGCAAGGAAGGGCAAGGUCGAGCUCAAUAUCCCGAAUGGGCGACAAUUUUAGAGGAUGCGUGCAAGGACGACGUCGAGCUUCGCGAAAUUAUUGGCGACAGUUUUGGCAAUCCGGAGGAAAUGCGUAAGAGGGUAGAGGAGAGGGUGAGGAGGAAAGGACGAGACAUUUUAAGUCCUGUUACAGGAUCAGCCAUACCGAUGACUGUUACAUUCAAAGCCGAUUUUGAUGCAACGGACGCCCAUGUGUGGUUGGAGCUGUUUGGAUCCCCCUCCGACAAGGAUUUGGAAACCAUCGGCAGUGUAUUGAGGUCUUGGUAUCUCCUGGGCCGAUUGGGGGCAUUCAAUUCAAUGAACAUGCAGUUGACGCAGCUGCCAAUCGAUGCAAGGCUGAGUUACAGUAAUGACAGAGCUGCUGAGGCGCUACCAUCUGCAUUCCACAAUAUAGGAGAUCUCGAGUUUCAAGACAAUUGGGGGCGUUUUUGGGUCGAUUUUGGAACAUCUGAUCCUGUAGCGAUGGACGUGCUUAUCAAUGCAUUUUCUGCAGUCAGUUCGGAUCACGUUGGAAUCAAGCAACUUGUGUUCGGAGGCCAAAAAUUGGGCGACUGGGCGGAGGGAAUGGUUGAUCCUGAGGAUGGAUACAGGUGCUAUAAAAUCUGAGCAUUUGGCCUCGUCGGUCGGAAACUUCCUGAUCCAGGAACUGCAGAGUUCAAGAGGAUGACGGGCGUGAAGAAAGCUACCUGUAGGCCUAACAUCAGUUUCUAGGGUCAUCGUUUUGUUACAGCGCAAUGUCCAAACGAUAUCCGGUAAGGACCAGCCCAUGAGAUAUUGGGAAAUUCAAUGUAAUGAAUGAGAGGAUGAGGACGUUAUUGUCAUAAUCCAUUCUGAUGUACAUGGAAUGGUCGUUCUACUAGGUUGUCUUUCAACGUCUGGAACAGAGGAUCUGAAUGUAUUGAAAGUGGUUAGCUUCCAGUACGUAAUAGAAACCAAUCAAAGUUCUUUCUACUCUCAGAAGAACCUUACUCGUCUAAACCUGAGGUGAUUGCUGUGUUACCCUUGAUAGAUUAACUACAGUAAUCUCUUGUCUGUAAACAUGAGCUUGAACACAGUCUUCUCACACUUGAGUGAUCUGCAUACGAGG